AUGGUCUCAACAUUUCAGAUGCCGGCCUUCUACCGGUCGAAUCACUUAUCCGUCGAUACCAGCCAUGCGCAAAAGUACUUUGAUGAAGAGGACAGCAACAUCCUCGACGAGAACAUCCUAGACAGCAACGCAAUGGACUCGGGUCUGGAUAUGUCGCCGCCCAUGGCUGGCAGCAGGAGGGAUUCGUUCGCUGUACCCGGCUCGAUAUUCUCCCCGAAGACGGAAGUGGGAGAUUGGCAAUCCGUCGACAUGCAGUCGGUCCCGUCAAACAACCCCUUCCUAGAGCCCCAGAACAACAACAACCCGUUUACGAGGGCUGACCCGCAAGCCGUAUACGGCUCGCAAAAUCAGCAAUGGCAAAUGGGUCAAGGUUCCGGUACAUGCACACCCUUACAAUACGACAGCCUUGAGAAUGCAUUCGACAAUAACCAAUCCAUCUUCCAGCAACGACCUCUUCAGAUGCAAACGCCCUUCAGCAAUCCCGCCCACCAGGUACCGCUCUUCGCUACAGUUGGUCCUAACAAUCCUCCCAUGCCGAACUCGCCGCAGAAGGAUUGGAUGGGUCAGGACUUGAAGAACCCCUCGUUAGUCAAGCGCAUGCGACCGGAUACUCCAACUAUCCGAUCGCACAACGAGCUGCGUCGCGGUGAUGGCAUCCGCAAGAAGAAUGCCAGGUUUGACAUUCCGGCGGAGCGCAAUCUCGGCAACAUCGACCAGCUUAUCGCAUCGACUACUGACGAGCAGGAAAUCAAGGAACUGAAGCAGCAAAAGCGACUACUUCGCAACCGGCAGGCUGCGCUGGACUCUAGGCAAAGGAAAAAGAUGCACACGGAGAGGUUAGAGGAUGAAAAGAAACACUUCACUAGUCUCAUCAGCUCGAUGGAAGAGGAGAUGAGCGAGCUUCACAUAAAGCUAGACCAGGAGAGGCGCGAGAGGGAGUACUUGGUGGCCCACGUCGAGAACUUGACCUUGGAAAAGGAAGAGUUGAUUCGAAACCACACCAUCGAGUCCGGCGACUUGCGCAAGAAGAUUAGCGUCCUGACCGACCACGUCCAAAGGCUCGAGCACGCCGCUAUCCCCAGCAAUACGGGCUACUCCAACGGAUAUAACGAUAUGGACAGCCUUACUAUGGAUACGUCUUGGGACAACAUGGGCUUCAUGAACGAGUUCCAGAUGGAACCCGAAGUGAAGCAAGAGCUCCAGAUCGUUCCCCAGAAGAAGGCAGACGUCCAGCUCUCAUCCGACGGCGAGAAGUCCACCACGCAAGGAGGUCUCUUGUUCAUGCUCUUCCUCGUUGGCGCUUUUGUCAUCUCCAACAGGUCGGCCCCGACGAUCCCCCGCGUCUCGGAGGAUGUUCGCGAAGCUUCGACAACGCUUCUCAACAACAUCUUCAAGGACGCAGGCGUCGCCAACGCCGAGAGCGCCAUCGUACCCUCGGCUCCCCAGCCGUCCGGUGCGGACUGGACCUCAAGCGCUUCGGUCCCGAUGGCCAGUGGUGCUAUGGAGGGCGUAGCGCCGUCUAUGCUUGGUGAUCUAGCGGAUUCUCUUACCCAACCGACGCAGGAGCAGACGAACGAGCAAAUCUUCUCUCUCACACCGGCACAAUAUAACAGUGUGACGUCGCAAGAUUUCCUUCGAACAGCACCGACGCGAUCGACGGGUCAGAACCGCCGGAACCUCGCAGACGCACUAAGCAACAUGCGCCACGCCGAGAAGCACUCGGCGGCUGAGGUAUAUACACGAUCACUGCUGUGGGAUCAGAUCCCGGGCGACGUUGUCAGGAACUUUGCCAAGAUGGUGGCCGAGUGUAACAACGCGAACGGUGGUCAGAAUGGCAACGACGCAAACUCAUGA